AUGGGCAGCAGUCUACUUAACUGCAUCACCAUAGUGGGUUUGCGGGGUGAGGUUGCGUGGCUAUGCAUGAUGUGUUGCACAAGCGAUAUUCUAUUUUCAGCCAUCGUCAUUCACUGGAUGAUGAAUAGCAGCAGUACGGGCACCCGUGAGGCCACGGAAGAAUCCAGUACCAAGACCUCUACCGGAGCUCUGUGUCAGCAGCGGCCUUCUCCUCCUGGCGUCGCGUCUCCUCGCCCAAUUCACGUGUUGUCUAGCCUACGAAGUCAUUAUUCGGCAGGAGUGUGA